GUUUAAAGAGGAAUGCGCAUGCGUGUUGCCUUGGGAGGCCGGCUGGCGUCCUGCGUCAAUAAAUACAAACAAACAAACAAACAAAAAGAGUGAGAUUUGGGUGCCGGCGAGGGCGAUGCACAUAAAGGGGACGACAUGCGAGCUGCGUUGACUUGGAGGGAUAAGGUCGAGCAGUGUAUCUAUGAUCUUGCCUUUAAGCCUGAUGGAACACAACUAAUAAUUGCAUCUGGAAACAGAUUGCUGGUGUAUGAUACAUCUGAUGGAACAUUAAUCCAGCCCUUGAAAGCCCAUAAGGAUACAGUAUAUUGUGUAGCAUAUGCAAAAGAUGGAAAACGUUUUGCAUCAGGAGCUGCAGACAAAACUGUCAUAAUCUGGACUUCAAAGUUAGAAGGUAUCCUGAAGUACACGCACAAUGAUUCUAUACAAUGUGUGUCUUAUAAUCCUGUUACACAUCAACUUGCAUCCUGCUCUUCAAGUGAUUUUGGACUGUGGUCUCCUGAACAGAAGUCAGUCAACAAGCAUAAAGUUAGCAAUAAGAUCACUUGUUGUAGUUGGACAAAUGAUGGACAGUAUCUUGCUUUGGGGCUGUACAAUGGUAUUGUCAGCAUUAGGAAUAAAAAUGGUGAAGAGAAAGUCAAAAUUGAACGGCCAGGAGGAUCUUUAUCUCCAGUUUGGUCUAUUUCUUGGAAUCCAUCAAGUCGCUGGGAGAAUCUCUGGAGUGCUAGAGACAGCGAAGAAGAGGACGAGGCAGGUCACACCUGUUUAGAGGAUAUACCAGUUCUGAAGUCCAUCACAUGCAGUAGUCAGGGUAGUGAGGCAGAGGAAGAAGAACGUGAGGAAGAUGAGAGUCCUAGGAAUGCCGCCUCUAGAGAUGAGCAUAAUGAUAUUUUAGCUGUGGCAGAUUGGGGACAAAGGCUUUCUUUUUAUCAACUAAGUGGCAAGCAAAUUGGAAAAGACAGAGUCCUGAACUUUGAUCCAUGUUGUGUUAGCUAUUUUUCGAAAGGAGAAUACAUCUUAAUGGGAGGCUCUGACAAGCAAGUGUCCCUUUAUACAAAGGAUGGAGUGCGUCUUGGAACCAUUGGUGAACAGAGCACUUGGGUGUGGACUUGUAAAGCUAAGCCAGAUUCCAAUUAUGUGGCAGUAGGCACCCAGGAUGGAACCAUUUCACUGUAUCAGCUGAUUUUCAGCACAGUCCAUGGCCUUUAUAAGGAUCGCUAUGCUUACAGAGACAGCAUGACAGAUGUUAUUGUCCAACAUCUUAUCACUGAACAAAAAGUUAGAAUAAAAAACCGAGAGCUUGUAAAGAAAAUUGCAAUCUACAAGAACAGAUUAGCAAUCCAGUUACCAGAGAAAAUCCAAAUUUUUGAAUUGUAUUCUGAUGAUUCAUCAGACAUGCACUACCGAGUGAAGGAAAAGAUAGCAAAAAAAUUUGAAUGUAACUUACUAGUUGUAUGUUCUGAACACAUUAUCUUAUGCCAGGAGAAGAGACUCCAGUGUCUCUCUUUCAGCGGAACAAAAGAACGGGAAUGGGUGAUGGAAUCUCUCAUUCGAUAUAUAAAAGUAAUUGGAGGACCUCCAGGCAGAGAAGGCCUUUUAGUGGGUUUAAAGAACGGUCAGAUUCUGAAGAUCUUUGUGGACAAUCCUUUUGCAAUUGUUUUGCUAAAACAAUCUACAGCCGUGCGUUGCCUGGAUAUGAGUGCAUCUCGAAACAAACUGGCAGUAGUUGAUGAAAAUGAUACCUGUCUGGUCUAUGACAUUAACACCAAAGAAUUACUGUUUCAGGAACCCAAUGCUAACAGUGUGGCUUGGAACACCCAGUGUGAGGACAUGCUUUGUUUCUCUGGAGGGGGAUAUCUCAAUAUCAAAGCUAGUAAUUUUCCUGUCCAUCAGCAAAAACUUCAGGGAUUUGUAGUGGGAUACAAUGGUUCCAAAAUUUUUUGCCUUCAUGUUUUUUCUAUGACUGCUGUUGAAGUUCCACAGUCAGCACCUAUGUAUCAAUACUUGGAAAGAAAAAUGUUCAAAGAAGCCUACAAGAUUGCUUGUUUAGGGGUAACUGAUACGGAUUGGAAAGAACUGGCGAUGGAGGCUUUAGAAGGACUUGAAUUUGAAACAGCCAAAAAGGCGUUUACCAGAAUGCGAGAUCUUCAGUAUCUAGAAUUGAUAAGCAGCAUUGAGGAAAGGAAGAAGCGUGGUGAGAACAACAAUGACCUGUUCCUAGCAGAGAUUUAUGCAUACCAAGGAAAGGUCCAUGAGGCAGCCAAAUUGUACAAAAGAAGUAGCCAUGAAAACCUAGCACUUGAUAUGUAUACAGACUUGCGCAUGUUUGAGUAUGCAAAGGAAUUCCUUGGGUCUGGGGACCCCAAAGAUACAAAGAUGCUAAUCACAAAGCAAGCAGACUGGGCCAAGAACAUCAAUGAACCAAAAGCAGCAGUAGAGAUGUACAUGACUGCAGGGGAGCAUUUGAAGGCCAUAGAAAUCAGCGGAGAUCAAGGCUGGGUUGAUGUAUUGAUUGAUAUUGCUCGAAAGCUGGAUAAAGCAGAACGAGAACCUUUGACGAAGUGUGCCUAUUAUUUUAAAAAGUUAUUGAACCCUGGGUAUGCUGCAGAAACCUAUAUGAAGAUUGGUGAUCUGAAGGCCUUGACACAGCUCUAUGUGGAAACUCAACAGUGGGAUGAGGCUUUUGCUUUGUGUGAAAAGCACCUUGAAUUUAAAGAUGAUGUCUAUGUUCCGUAUGCUCGGUGGCUGGCAGAAAAUGAUAGAUUUGAAGAGGCUCAAAAAGCAUUCCAUAAAGCUGGCAGACAGACUGAAGCUGUUAAAGUGUUGGAACAAUUAACUCACAAUGCUGUGGUAGAAAGCCGAUUCAAUGAUGCAGGAUAUUAUUACUGGAUGUUGUCCAUGCAGUGUUUAGAUAUAGCUCAAGACAAUGAGGAGAGGAAGACUGAAAUGUUAAAGAAGUUUCACCACUUCCAGCACUUGGCAGAACUUUAUCACGCCUAUCACUUCAUCCACAAAUGCACUGAAGAACCCUUCAAUCACUACUUACCCGAAACACUCUUCAACGUGUCUAGGUUUUUACUUCAUAGCCUUACCAAGGAAACUCCUUUGGGAAUUUCUAAAGUCAAUACAUUAUUUGCCCUGGCAAAACAGAGCAAAGCUCUGGGUGCCUAUAAAUUGGCUCGUCAUGCCUAUGACAAGUUGCAGGGACUACAGAUCCCAGCCAGAUUUCAAAAAUCCGUUGAACUGGGAAGCCUGACGAUCCGAUCCAAGCCUUUCCACGACAGCGAAGAGCUGGUGCCUUUAUGUUACAGGUGCUCCACCCACAACCCCUUACUGAACAAUCUGGGGAAUGUCUGCAUUAAUUGCAGGCAACCUUUUGUCUUUGCUGCUUCCUCUUAUGAUGUCUUGCAUCUGGUUGAAUUCUACUUGGAAGAUGGAAUAACUGAUGAAGAAGCUGUUGCUCUGAUUGAUCUAGAAGUACCCAGACUAAACAAAAGAGGCAGUGAAUGGCAAGAACAAAUGAGUAAUGGUGUGCAAACAAUGAGACUUCUUUAUAAAGUGGACGAGAUUGAGGAAGAUGAUCCAUUUACAGCAAAAUUGAGUUUUGAGCAAGGUGGCUCUGAAUAUGUCCCUGUCGUAGUGAACCGCGCAAUUCUCAAAUCCAUGAGCAGGAGAGAUGUGUUGAUUAAACGCUGGUCAAAGCCAUUGCAAUGGCAGUACUUCCGGUCCCUCCUUCCAGACAAUCCCAUUACCAUGUGUUCUUUCUGCUUUCAGAUGUUUCAUUCAGAAGAUUAUGAGCUCCUGGUGCUCCAGCAUAAUUGUUGCCCAUAUUGUCGGAGAAAAAUAGAUGAAUCCAGCUAAUAAAGGAAACAACAAGACUAUUUGGCAGAGAGUAGUUCUGCUGCUGGGACUCCAAAGCAUUUCUAAGUUCAUUAGAAUUUCUUAGUAGUCUGUUAUUGUUGUUUUUAAGAAUGGAUGGAUAGGCAGAAAGAAAAUUAUUCAUGAAGAUAAAAAUAUACUUUUCUAUUCAUUGUGAAUGAGAAUCUAAAUAUCAAGUUUUGUUUUGCUCUUCAAAGAAAUGUAUGUAUAUAUGUUAGUAUAUACUUAUAGUAAAAUUUGUAUGAUGCUGUAUACCUUGUUGAUUUAUAAAAUAAGAAAGAAGGGCUACCUGGAGAUAUUUUUUCACAAUUUCUUCCACAUAUCCUUAACUUUUUGAUAAAAGUCUGUCAGUUUGUCCUAAAUAACUUCUUCGGUGAAAUUCUGCUUGAAGAAACAGAUGCUGAAUUUUAGUGAAUGGAGUUAGUUCUAAAUUGGCCUCUAGUAUUAGAUUUUUAUUACCAUUCCCAAUAAAAUAUGUGGGUUGCUUUUAAAA